CACUCAGAUUGUAAUUUCUCAACUCCGAACUUUCCAAAUUCCAAUCACACCAGGCCGGCGCCAAAAGCAUCUCUAGCUCUCUCUCUCUCUGCGUGUGAUGAUACAUACGCUCCCACUUGAGAUGGUGAAGGGUUCAACUCUCUUCUCCGGUCGCCUUCCGAUCUAAUCGAUUUCUCAGCCAUUCUAUCUGUCUGCCUAAGAGCAGUGAGAAGCGAUCGGAACAUGAGCGGAUCAAGAUUGUGUGCAUUGUUAGGGGAAUUAGGUUUCCAAGGGCACGAAACAUUGGACCCUGAUAGCUUCGAAUGGCCUUUCCAAUACGACGACGCACGACCCAUUCUCGAGUGGCUCUGCUCCAGUCUCCGCCCCUCCAACGUUCUUUCUCCAUCUGAGGUUUCUCAGUAUGAGCAAUAUUUACAAGAAGGGAAGCUGUUGGAGGGGGAAGACUUGGACUUUGCUUAUGAUAGUAUUUCAGCCUUUUCAACUAGGAGAGACAACCAAGAGGCAGUUUUUGGAGCUGAAGAAGGAUUGAAAGAUAUACGGGAUGCUACUUUUGCAUUAAAAACUGAAGCUGUAGAGUUGCAAAGACAGCUUAGUCAUCUACAGUGUCAAUAUGAUCUGCUCACGGGACAGUCUUCAGCAUUGAUUCAGGGAAGAAGAGCACGAGUUGCAGCGACAUCCACUGUCAAUGGACAACUCACUGCAAUAGAGGAUAGCCUAUCAGCAAGGAAUUUAGAGAUGAAUGCAGUUCUUGGAAGGAUGGCAUCUACAGCUCAGGAGUUGGCUCAUUAUCAUUCAGGGGACGAGGAUGGCAUCUACUUGGCUUACUCCGACUCCCAUCCAUACUUGCUUGUGGAUGCAUCUUGUACAAAGGAGUUAAAUCAGUGGUUUUCUAAGCAACUUGACACGGGUCCUUAUAGAUUAGUAGCAGAGGAGGGCAAAUCUAAGUGUUUGUGGGUGAGUCUCGAUGACAUCUCGAAUGCCUUAGUAAGAGAUUUGGAAAAAUCACAUCGUCAGCGUGUAUCUGAAUUGCAACGACUUCGCUCCAUAUUUGGAACAAGUGAGAGACAAUGGGUAGAAGCUCAAGUUGACAAUGCUAAGCAGCAGGCUAUUCUCAUGGCACUUAAAGCUCAAGUAACAUCAGAUGAAGCUCACAUUCAUCUUGAUCUUCAUUCUCUUAGGAGAAAGCAUGCUGAAUUGGUGGGAGAACUUUCCAAUCUGUACCACAGAGAAGAGAAGUAUUUAUCUGAGACAAUUCCUGAUCUUUGUUGGCAGCUGGCUCAGCUACAAGACACUUACAUCCUGCAAGGUGACUAUGAUUUAAAGGUCAUGCGGCAAGAAUACUAUAUUAAUCGGCAGAAAGAGUUUAUCAAUCAUCUUAUUAAUCAGCUCUCAAGGCAUCAGUUUCUUAAAAUAGCAUGUCAGUUGGAAAAGAAAACCAUGCUUGGAGCAUAUUCACUGCUUAAAGUUAUUGAGUCAGAGCUGCAAGGAUACACGUCGGCAACCAAAGGGCGAGUGGGAUGCUGCAUAGCAUUGAUUCAAGCUGCAUCUGAUGUACAAGAACAAGGAGCAGUGGAUGAUCGAGAUACUUUCUUGCAUGGUGUUAGAGACCUUUUAAGUAUCCAUUCAAAUGCGCAAGCUGGUUUAUCAACAUAUGUAUCGGCUCCGGGCAUUGUACAGCAGAUAUCCGGACUUCAUUCAGACCUGAUGACCCUGCAGUCUGAUUUAGAACACGCCCUUCCAGAGGACAGAAAUAGAUGUAUUAACGAUCUGUGCACUCUUGUUCAAAGCUUGCAGCAACUAUUAUUUGCAUCAUCGACAACUGCUCAGCCGAUACUGACUCCUCGGACAUUAAUGAAGGAGCUUGAUGAAAUGGAAAAGAUUAAUGCAAAACUCUCUGUUGCAGUUGAAGAAGUGACACUCGAGCAUUGUGAAAAGAAUGAGAUUGUGAAACAUCAUUCACAAGAGAUGGCGCUUCAGAGGCGGGUUUUUGUUGAUUUUUUUUGCAAUCCUGACCGAUUGAGGAACCAGGUCAGAGAACUGACUGCACGAGUCAGGGCUUUGCAAGCCUCAUAAUCUAUUCUUUGUAAACCAAUGUAUGUUUGUAGGGUUUAUAACAUCCUUUCUGCGACUACCUGAGUUCUUGUCUUCAAUCCGUAAACUAUACUCAUAGAUGUUGAUGUUUUCUGUGAAUGGAGUGCCAGUGUGCCAAUUUGUUUAUACUUUGUGCUGGUGUUGCACCAUCUUUUCUUUGUCCUAUUUGGUCUGUUUGCUACCAGAUGUAGAAUUUUAUACAGAAAAAUGAUGUGUUGAACUCCACGUUUUGACACUCCUUUAUAAUCCUUGCAUUUUGUCAUGAGUUACUCGUGCUGGAUGGAACCAUGAAUGGAGAGGAGUCAGAAGCAACAAUUUCUACGAAGGAUUUGGGCAGAGGGGUUAAUAA